GUAUAUAUAUAAGUCGUUUCUCAGAGUUCCGCAUGUUUAUUUUCAGUCAGCCAAACUUUUGACAACCGAUCAUUCCGAAAUAGUUGACUAUCAUGGCACGUACCAAGCAGACUGCUCGUAAAUCGACCGGCGGCAAGGCCCCAAGGAAACAACUGGCCACCAAAGCAGCUAGGAAAAGCGCACCGGCAACCGGCGGAGUUAAGAAACCGCAUCGUUACCGUCCGGGAACUGUCGCUCUCCGUGAAAUCCGUCGUUACCAGAAGAGUACCGAAUUAUUAAUCCGUAAAUUGCCUUUCCAACGUUUGGUCCGUGAGAUCGCUCAGGACUUCAAGACCGAUUUGCGUUUUCAGAGUUCCGCCGUAAUGGCGUUGCAGGAAGCUAGUGAAGCGUACUUGGUCGGACUGUUCGAAGACACCAACUUAUGUGCUAUCCACGCAAAACGUGUUACCAUCAUGCCGAAGGAUAUUCAAUUAGCUCGUCGGAUUCGUGGCGAACGUGCUUAAUUAUAUUGAUGUGUUUCUAUAAUUAAUAAUAUUAUUAAAACGGCCCUUUUCAGGGCCACUAAUAUUGUGUAUACCAAGUGAUAAUUAAUUAUAUUAUUAUGAUUUAAUUUGUACAAAGAAAUUGUUAAU